AUGUCGGAUAGGGUGAACCCCGCUCCCCCGUUCCAGAAGGUUGGUGGGGACUAUUGUGGACCUUUCUUGGUGUCCUACCCGCAGCGUCGAAGUCAUCCUGUGAAAUGCUUUGUUACUGUAUUUGUGUGCCUCGUUGAGAAGGCAAUCCACGUCAAGCUUGUCGCAGAUCUCACCACUGAGGCAUUCCUGGCGGCACUUAAACGUUUCUUUGCUCGUCGAGGCCGUCCGGUUUUGAUAAUGUGCGACAAUGCUAAGAACUUCGUCGGGGCCAAGCGUGAACUUCGACGACUGUUAAAUCUUUUCGAGCAGGAGCACUUUCAGAACUCUGUGGCAUGCAAUGCCGCAGCUGAGGGUGUUGAAUUUAAAUUCAUCCCAGCAAGGUCUCCAAACUUCAGUGGUCUAUGGGAAGCAGCCGUGAAGAGCUUCAAGACCACUUUCAAAAAGAUCAUGGGAUCGCGAACGUUGCAGUACGACGAGAUGCAGACAGUUCUCACUCAGAUUAAGGCAAUGUUGAACUCUAGACCGCUUACUCCAAUCAGUAAUGAUCCUGGAGACUUCGAAGUCCUUACUCCAGGACACUUCCUGGUGCAACGUCCGUUGACAGCUAUCGCUGAACCUUGUUUUGGUGAAUAUUCCAACAAGCCGUCUGGCAGCGAGCUAGAGCGUAUACUCAGUGAAUCUGGAAGAAGUGGACCACACUGUACUGUUCCGACCUGCACAGUUGGAUGA